AUGGCCGGCUACGAGCGAUUAGGACAGCUUGUCGGCGGCGUCGACGGGUCCAAUGGCGCCGACUUGUCGCGCGCCACCUCGCCCGGUGCAGAUUGGGAAGACAGCAACGGCGAUGCCAACGCCAAAGGACGGCCCAACCGCGUUCGACCUCGCACGUUCCCCUACACCAAGUACCUACCUUACGAGUCCGAGUCCGACGCCGAGCGGUUAGAGAACCUCAAUACCUGCCUAAAGCACCUCUAUGUUGCUGUGAAUUCUGGGGAGUUCUCGCCCGGUGCGGUACACUGGACUCGCGAGAUACGCGGAUGGUUGUCCCUCAAGUUCGAUUUGCCCCGCGACAUACGCGUCAAGCUUAUCAAGCUCUACUAUGAGCUUGCUCUGGCGCCGGGCCUCGACAUCUUGGUGGCAGAGAGGUUCGCCAGCAUGUUCAUGGUCCUUACGAAGCGCAAGCACUAUCUACGCCCCGGAAAGGACCUCAUUCUCGACUGGAGGCCCCUCUACAAGGAGCUUAAGAACUACGUGCUACCCUCCGAGUCUGGCGCUUCGACCAUGACCAACUUUAGGAGGAACAUCCGGACUGUCACGAAGCUAUGUACUUUCGCACAGUUAUACUUUGAUCCUUCAGAGAUCCCGGCUAUGCUGGAGGAGUUCCUGCCCUUCUUCAGUACCUCGUUUUCCGAAGGCGCCUAUGUGGUUGUGGGACUGCUGAACUUGAUUCUGCCCACAACUCCCGCGCCUGCGGAUCGCCCAGACCUCCAACCGCAGCAUUACCUGCCGACUUUUUUCCACCUUUGGUCCCUCGUGAACCGAUCCCGGCUGUUUGAUGUCCAUUUUAUAGACAUCUGCUCCAGGCUCGCCCGCGAUUCGCUCUCUUCAAAGUCCAUACCAUUUUCCGAACAUGGCUUAUUCACCAGAGAUCAGUCACAGCUGAUUUUCACUGCCAUUCUCCGCUUGCUCGAGAUUCCAGUGGGUCAGUCAACUUCGCCAUACAGCUCAAACGUCGAUGCUGGUGCUGGUUUGGCGAUUAUGCUGGAUAGAGACCAGCGCAAGCAUCCCAUCGCGCAUCAUGUUGCUCGAUGGAUUGUAAUGUCUCUUUCUCCGGCUUGCCUGGACAAGCCGGACUCGAUACUGGCAAGGCUGGAGGGACUCAUUGAGGCUGUGGAGACUUUCUACCAUCCAUCAAACUCUGGAAGUUGGACGAAGACAUUGUCUCAGCUUGUCUACUACCUUGCGGAUUUCUUCGUUAUGCGGUGGAACCGGGAGCACAGUGGAGAGAUGGAAGUCCCGGAGGAGAGGCGGCUCAAUGAUGCAAUCAAGAAGAGGUUUGUUCUGUGUCUCCGAGACGUCAUCUUCAUGGGCAUCUUCGCGAAGAGCGGAACAGCAAUCAAUUUCUCCUUGUCCACGUUGCAAUGUCUGGCGUAUCUUGAGCCCAACCUUAUUCUCCCGGGGGCUUUGCAGCGCAUCUAUCCUGCCAUGCAAGGAUUGGUCGAAGUCCACCGAACCAUCUCAUCAAUCAGAGCCCUGCACAUGCUUUCGAAGACGAUGGUGAGAACCAAGGGCUAUCGCUGCCACAUCACAACUCUCCUUGGCCUCGCACUUCCUGGCAUCGACGCAAAUGACCUGGAGAAGACUUUGCACACCCUCAGCUACAUACAGUCUGUUUCCUACAUCAUUCCCUUUCACGACCUUACCAAGGAGAAGAAGCCGGAACCAAGCCACGACAUCACCAUGGGGAAUGGUGGGAUAGAAAAGCCAGGCUCUGGGACAGUCACCCCCAUGCCCGCACAAGAGAGCACCCCGGAUCUUGCUCUGCAGUGGAUUGCUUCCCAGGUUGAUCGUCUUGAGAGGGAAGGCGCCGGCGUCGAAUUUGAUUACGAAACGGAGCUUUCUGACCAAGAAGAGGAGACGGUCUUGAGGUCAUCCACUACCGGAUUCGCUGAAUUUGUCAUCACUUUCCUCGGCCGUGUUUUCACACUUCUUGAGAACCUCCCCGAUGCAUCUCGUGUAAGAAGCGGUUCCCCCGAGGAGAAUGUGGUCAACACUCUUCCGGCUGCCUUUACGCCUUUGCUGGCAGCUCUCUCGCCCGAGCUUUUCGACAUUGCACUGGACAAGAUCGCAAACUUCGUCACGAACCAUGUGAUCCACCAGGCCAGGGACGCGAUGGCUUUUAUUUGCAACGGACUUGUAAAGGUCAACCCUCAGAAGACGCUGAAGAGACUUCUGCCUGACCUUUUGGCCGGAAUCCGCACGGAGAUAGGGGAGAACGGGGCAGGGUCAUCGAGGACUACUGGCUCAGAAGUCCUUCCCAAAGAUAGAGCUCUUGUUUGGAACAUUAGCUUGCUGAGUAUGUGUGUCGUUCACGUUGGCGAUGCCGUCCUGGACUACAAGGAAGAGCUGUUCGACAUCGCCAAGUACAUGCAGGAGAAUUGCCGCGGUAUUCCCACCGUACAUGUCUCGAAUUUCAUCCAUCACCUGCUCCUCAACCUGACCUGCAUCUACACGAUCGAUUACUCCCUCUACGAGCCAACCGAUGCUCAACGGGGUCUUACCGUCAAAGACUGGGGGUUUAUGCCCAGCGCCAAGGACAUCAGCGUCAAAUGGCAUGUGCCGAAUGCUGGCUGUAUCACCUUUGCGGUCGAGCUAUUCGAGUCCCAAGUCAAGAGCGCCAUGGAAUCCCUUAACGCACUCACGGGUGACAGUUCGCCUGUCAAGCGUGACGGAACUGGGAAAGAGUGGUCUGACGAGGUUUCACGAAACCUCGUGUUACUCCGCUUGAUCAUUUCUGGCGUCUCGGUGCUCUUUGACUCCAAAUACCCUGCACCAUCCCCACAAAAGACCAAAGAAGGCAGCGAUGCUGACAUGGAAGAUGAUUCGGACGAUGGUGUCGACAACGAGCUAGGAGAAAGCGAGGAUGAUGAGUCAAGGCCAACUUUCCAGUACGAGGUUGGGUAUCCAUGGGUUCGCGACAAUUCGAAUGAGCAGUACCGCCUCCUGCACGGCUUGCGGCAGGAAGUUGGCUACACUCUGCAUCGCAUCCAUCAGUUCCUGGUCGAGAAGCAAGAGGACGACGUGCCCUGUUUCAAUGCCCUGUACAAUGCCUACCGGUCGUGGUUCAUCGAUGUGGGAAUCGAGAGGUCCGCUCACGUUCUUGACCGGGUCACUCGGCUUCUUGCAGCGGAUGUCCACCCGUUCAAGGUCAGCGGGCUCAGGAAGGAAUACCCAAGACCUCUUCUUGUAAGACGUGCUUAUGUGUACCACCUGCAGCGCUUGAGGCACAACGCAGCUCCGCGUGAACGGUCGGAUGUCGAGGAGCUGCUCCUAAUGGACUUGGCCCACUCAAGCGUUUCCUUGUACACCGAAAUCCGGCGUACUGCACAAACCGCGAACGAGUCUGCUGUCAAGUGCAUCGUCGGGUCUAGACCUCUGGUGAUCCCACCUCUUCUCAAGGCUUUCGACGAAGCGGUCAAAAAGAGCGACUACCCACGCAUCAAGGGUGCUAUGUUCUCUUUGCUGUUUGGCAGUCUGGCGAAGACAAUCUCGCGGAACUGGAAAUUCACGCCUCAGUUGAUUAAGUCAUUCAUUGAAGUCACCGAGGCAGACAAGCCAUCCGUACAAAAGCUCGUGUCCAACGCAACCUUCCAGAUCAUGGAUAUGGGCAAGCCUCUCGAACGAAUGGUGAUACUCGACGGAGAGAUCGUAGAAGCGAUUGUGGAGCACAUCGACAAGAAGCAGAUUGAAGAGUACAAACCAAGGAUACCGAAGAAGCGCGACGCCGUGAGAAACAAGAGAACAAAGGUAGAAGCCAAGAAAGCGGAGCUUUCAGCGGAGCUCGUUGAGCAAGCCAGAGCGUCCCACUGGAAGAAGGCCAUUCGUACCGCAACCGUGGUAAUCAACCUCGGCAUGCGUUUCGAGAACAUUGCAUCAGAAGCAAUGAUUGAGCUUGCAACCAAGGGGACGAUCGAUCCCCACCCAACUCUGCGUAGCUUAUACCAAGGAGCGCUGCUUGGAUUCUUCCAGCUUGUUCAGACCCGCAGCCUUGCGCAUCACAGCUACGAGAAGUAUGUUCUAGGUCAAGAGGAUGUUCCGGAGAAGAUCGCCGUGCCAACCCGCGCCGACGAGGAUCCUUCGUGGACAGAGGACUAUCUUGCCAGCUUUGGCCAGCCUGAGGCCAAGUACUAUGUCGAUUUCGACUAUCCUGGCUGGUUGGUUUGGAACAAGACCAUGCCAGCUUUCUUGACAGAGACCAAGGGCCUCGAGUAUGACGAUGUGGAGACCAAAGUCAGGAAACAGAUUGCAAGCAUUUUGGAUCGCAACUGGUUCUCAACGUACUUUGCCUAUCUGAAGCAAGAGCCAAGAGACUCGGGCCAGGAUCGCUUCCGUAUGACCAGUGCGAUGAUGCUCACGCAUGCGUUCGACCUCAUGUUCUCGGGGCUGACUGAAGUGUCAUUUGAUGACAUCAAGGAUCUGACCAAGUCGGUCUUUGCUGAUGGCACCGACAAGCAUCAACAUCGCGCCACGUCCGAGAUCAUGGGUGCUUUGCUCUGUUGUGCCCCUGACUUACCGACCAACAUCCGAACUCAGGUAUGGGAGUAUGUCUUCCCGCUCGUUCGCGGAAUCUUCCAAGACGGGCUUACUCCUGAAAACUCUUCCUACUGGACAACCUUCCUUCACAUUGCGCUCCAGGGUAAGGAUCCCAGAAGGAGCUGGCCUCUUGUCGAUGGCUUGGCUGCCUUCCGUUUGGACAUGUCCUCCAGCCAGGCAUUCAAGGAGAGCUCCAAGAUCAAUCUGCUCCAGCAGACCGUCAUAGAUUGCGGUUGGCACUUCCAGCUUGACAAGCCCAUCCUAGAGGACUUUGUGAAGCAUCUCGACCAUCCCUACAAGGCUGUACGUGAGGCCAUCGGUCAGACAAUUGCCAGCAUCUAUCGGACCAGGUACCACGAAUCGUACCCGAACGUGAAGGCGCUGGUAGAUGCGCAGAAGUCCUCGUCCUCUAUUGGAGUACGCCCAUAUCAACCCGACGCCAAGUUCCGGGAAGUCAUCACCGAUGUCUUCAACAGGUUGGAGAAGUGGCGCAAGGAGCGCCCUGCUGGCGAGCAACAGCCAACCUCAUACACGCAAGCCGGCAAGACUGUCCUUCUCUGGCUCGAUUCGAACCUCUCAUCCUACGAAUGCACUCAGCUCGUGGAGUUUUUCCCGAACCUGUUCAUGGAGCAGCUCCUGCACAUGAUGGAUAUCAAGGAAGACCCCGAGCUGCAAUCUCUUGCCUACCACGUUUUCCGCCAUUUGCCCAACAUCCCCCACCGCGCGGGUGAAGACCAAGAGUUCAUCAACUCGAUGAUCCGCAUUGGACGUAACGCAACGUCCUGGCACCAGCGCCUGCGCGUGCUGAUCAACAUCCAAGUCAUCUACUUCCGCCGCCUCUUCCUCAUGACCGAAGAGCAGCAGCAGGCCCUCUUCGACUGCGUCUCGGCCAUGCUGGGCGACUCGCAGCUCGAGGUCCGGCUGGGCGCGCAGACGACGCUCUCGGGCAUGAUCCGCUGCUCGCCGGUCGGCUUCCGCAACCGGCAGGUCGAGGACCUGCGCAACCGCUUCACCAAGAUGCUGCGCGAAAACCCGCUGCCGAAACGGCGGGUGCCGGGCACGCCCACGCCCGAGCAGAACAGGCUCAUCCUCGUGCGCCACGCCGCCGUGCUCGGCCUCGGCGCCCUCAUCUCGGCCUUCCCGUACACGUCGCCGCCGCCCCCCUGGCUGCCCGAGGUCCUGGCCACGUUGGCGCUCAAGGCGGCGGGUGACCCCGGCACUGUCGGCAAGAGCGUGAAGUCGAUCCUCGCCGAUUUCAAGAAGACCAGGCAGGACACUUGGCAUGUUGACGUGAAGGCAUUUGAACCGGAACAGCUCGAGGAUCUGGAAGGCGUGUUGUGGAAGAGCUACUUCGCGUAG